AUUUGAGAAUGGACCAAAUAGGACAGACCAGCCCGUAUGAGACCGUACUGGCUGUCUAAUAACUGAGCCGGUCUGUGUGGCUUAUUCAAUGUGGAAAAGUGGCAAAUCGACAGCCCAUAGCGUUAUCUCCCAUUCAGUUCCGCAGCUUCUGCAUAUGGCUUUGGUUCUUCCGAGGAAAACUCAGCAAUAGCAUAAAUGAAUCCAUGGCCAAAAUCUCUACUGGCAUAGUUCGUAAAUUGGAUUCAUAGGUCCAUUCAUUUUGUAGUGGAUUUUCGGUUUAGUAGUGGAACGUCCUCAUGCUGUAGCGGUGUGGCCCGUUAAUGUACUGUUUUGGUUUUCAUUCGGAAUUUGCUUCCACGCUGUGGAAAUGAUGGUCCAUUAAGCUGACAUUGGGAAGCCUGGCCCAGUUAUCCAACACAUCCGGAGCCGUUCAAUACGUCUUGGAACAACCAGUUUGUUGUGGCCGAGUUCAGCAGAAUGUCAACAGCAACAGCCUUAAGGAUUUAGUGGGCAUUAAUAAGCUUGCAGUCAUGAAUGAAGAAAGCUUAAGCAGUGAUACCUGCUUGGUGCGUGUUCGGGCGCAAGUUAUGACUCGGGACGAUUCCACCGGUGGAUGGGUACCUGUGGGAGGAGGUGGAUUGAGUUAUGUGGAACUUCGGCGUAUUGCUUUAUUAGCCGGGGAGAGUACCAACGUCAGCGAUCAGCCAGCCAAACCAAAAAUUGAGUUUCUUAUCAUCGGACGUCGUAUAACCGAUAACAGCGUGUGCCUUUCUUGUGCUUUCAAGCGACCGAUACAAUACAAUCAAGUGACACCAACUUUUCGACACUGGCAAAUUCAGAAUAAAAAGUUUGGAUUGACUUUCCAAGCCCAGGGAGAUGCAAAAACAUUUGACGUGGCCGUUAUCGGUGCCAUUGCGGAAUUAAAAGAGCUCACACCGGAACCUUCUCCGCGGUCCAGCAGGGCGUAUCUGAGUCUGGACAACUCAGACACCGAAAGCGUUUCCGUGGAGAGCGAUGAGCCAUCUAGAGGCUCCUAUAACCGGCAGACGUACGGUUUUCUCGGCAAGCCUACAAUUGGCGAACGGCGCUCGGCUAGCCCGCAACUGUCCUCCGUGUCCGUGCCUUUACCUCUGCGUACCACGCGCUCCAAUCAGUCCGCUCAAAUGUUGUCCCAACCAGCCGCCAAACGACUCUUGUCCUUGCCAGCCAACAUGACCAAAUCUCUUUCUUCCCCUUUACAUAACGCCACCGUACCGGUACAGCGCGAGACAUUUGCACUGCGCAACUCCACCACUCUCUCGCCAGCGGCCUCGGGCAGUCUCAGUGUCCGGAAUGCAGCACAGGCCCCACUGUUACCAUACUCAAACGCCACCCCCAGCACAACAUCCAUGGAAAAAUACACCUAUGUUGAUGUUAUCAGCACGAAACACGACGAUCGCUCAUCAACGGCCACCCAUUCCGAUCCGGCCAGCGGCUCAACACAAUCGCAUGACUACCACUAUCCGGUUGUGGGUGGUGUACAGGGCCAGAAACCGGGUAAACGCGACUCUCUUAGCAGUAUUAAAGUGCACAAUCUGGACAUGAUGGCCAGUCAUCGGCCGCCGAUGCUGCCCAUCAAAAGCAAACGCAGUCGCAGCAAAAAACGUGAUAAUCGCAGCAGUGGCACAAAUAAAUACUGCCGCAGUGAAAGGAGCCGGUGUAAAUACUGCCAUGAAUUCUACUCGUUGGAUAACAAUGAGCGGGGGGCAUGUGAAUUUGCGCCGGAUCGUGUGAAGGACGGUAUCAACCAGAUUACCUGUGUACCGGCUGCGGGACGGAUUCUGUGCCAUUGUAUGCGGGAUCCCGAGGGCGAAGGGACGCAUCCGUGCAGUUGUGAUAGUCUUGGGAAGAGCUGCUUUGGACGCUGGUUAAUCGUUGCUGCCUUAUCCCUUAUUAUGCCUUGUUUGUGUUGUUAUUAUCCCCUGAAGGGAUGCUAUGAACUCGGCUUGGCCUGUGGAGUAUGUGGGGGCAAGCACGAGCCUAUGGAUCAUAGGUGAACCGUGAAGGUUGCUUACGGUUGUUGUUUUUGCUGUGUACAAUAAAUGUAAAUUGUACAUGUACAGCAGGCGCUCUUGCAGUUUGCCAAUGUUAUGAAUACUGUUACGGAAAUAUAUUUAAUUUUAGACUGUCCUCAUGCUGAACAAGUGAUAAAAUUAUGUACUUUUACGGCGGUUCAUGAUUAUAUAAAUUUUUUUAUGCGUUGUGUAGAUGAGCAACCUGUUUUUUGUAGGCGAUGUGAAAAUAAAAACUUGAAUAGAA